CUAUUUGGUCACUGGGGGGACCGGCGGCGGCUGCGGGGGAGCGAUAAGGGCGGAAGGGGACGCGGAGCGGUCGCGUGCGCGGAGGGCAGCUCUGGGCGCCGGGCGGUUGCUGCGGGCGCUCAGGGGCCCAGGAAACAAUGGUGUUGUGCGCGCGGGCCGCGCUGCUGCUGGGCGCGCUGCAGGUGCUGGUGCUGCUAGGGGCCGCGAUGAACCAGACGGACGCUCAGGGCUCUCCAAGUGGAAACCACUCUUCGCUGACCAACGAUGUUAACCAAACAGAGAAUACCACCAUGCUUAUGAUUUCCAACCAGACCAGUGAAAUAAAGACCACUGUGAAGCCCUCAGUACUGCCAAAAACUACCACAGUUAUCACUGCGAAACCUGCAACUAUUGUUAAAAUAUCAACCCCGGGAGUCUCACCGCAUGACACUCCGACGGCCUCAAAGUCUACACCCAAAGCAAGUGCUUCCCCAAACUCCACCCAGACGCCAGCAUCCAUGACAAGCACAGCCCAGAGUAGUUUAUUGACAUCUGUAACUGUUUCAGCAACUACUCAUCCCACCAAAGGCAAAGGAUCAAAGUUUGAUACGGGCAGCUUUGUCGGUGGUAUAGUGUUAACACUGGGAGUUCUAUCUGUUCUCUACAUUGGAUGCAAAAUGUAUUACUCAAGAAGAGGCAUUCGGUACCGAAGCAUUGACGAACAUGAUGCCAUCAUUUAAAGUACUUCAGUGGUCAAGGAAAGAAGACUGCAGCCCUGUCAAUUAUUUUGGUUUAUGUUAGUUUAAAAUAUUAUUUUCUUGGAAGUAGUAUAAGCAAGCCGUGCAUAAAAUGAACAGUGUACUCCGUGAAUAUCUGGAAAUUUCUCAUUCCUAUAGGCAAAGGGUAUAGUCUAGGUAAAGUGAAUAUCUGGAGCUAACAGGUCAUUUAUCCAGGGAUUGUAUUUCCUUCAGUAAGUUAUAGCCAGACAAGUCCUAUCUUCUGAAGUGUGUGCAUGGCAUUGGUUGGUCACGUGACCAGCAGCACUGAGGCAGGACCCGCCUGGCACGCAGACGAGGAGCCCACACUGUGCCAUUCAGGGCUGGGUGAGCCUAAUUCCUGCCUCAGGUCCCACGGUUGCGCUAACCAGCUUUCAACCACGGGUAAAGGAAGCUGCGGCCUUAGGGUUUAGAUUAGAACUCGCGCUCCAAAUACAGCUGCGACGACCACCCGUGCUCAGCCGUCAGGACUUCCUUUGUAGUAAUUUCUGCAAGCCUCAGCGCUCGCUCGCUCGCUCACCCGCCCACCCGGCUUCUGCAGGCGCAGCAGCACGAGGCCUGCUGUCAUGCUGCCGCAGAAACCUGUCCCGCCAUUGGGAACUGCUUUGCACAGUCACUUGUCAGCUUGAGUUUAGACAAUGGUUUUUAGGCAAUGUGGAGCUGCUUCCCUUAUCUAGAAUAUUUUAAUGGAAUACGAAAAUGCCAUUUUUUAAAAGCUCCAUUAUAUGAUUUCCCAGUAUUUAGAAGUCUAUAUUGACCAGCAUCCUGUUUGCUAAGCCCCAGGCCUUUGAACCCACAGGGUACAAAUGCUGUAUUUUUUUUUUUACACUGUCAACUUAUUCAGAUUUGAGAAAAUGACUUUUUAUACUAAAGUGUAUUUUGGUAAAUUCCAGAUCCCCAAGCCCAGUCUGUAUCCUCGGGGAAGACAGCUGCAUCCCAGUAUUUCCAGGGACGUAGCCUCAGGUCACCAGAGCAGCCACGCUCUUUGUGGCAUUGUAAGUUUUAAAGUUUAUACUCAGGUCAAACUCAGGGCUAGGUUUAACAAAGCAUUUAGGCACAAAAGACUAAUAUAGUAUGUCUACUGUAAAGGGACAAAGUGAAUUAUAGCAAUUUCUAAAAGUGUACAAAUAAGCCAAAAAUAUCUGAAUGAGCACACAUCUAUGUUACAAUUAAAAAUUUAAGUAUAACUUUUGUAAUCUGUUUCUGGUUUUCAAAACAACACAAACUACCAAGAAUUUUUUCAUAUGUAAGAAUCAUCUCUAUUUGCUUUACAUCGAUACAACUGACAUGGUAAGACAUGGACGGCUCAGAUUACGCUAUCAGAGAGACGCUAGGAGAUGGGCCGUGGCGGGAGGGAGACGAGUUUCAAACCAGGGCUGAUGCGAUGUCCAUGCUCCUGUUGGCUUGCAGCUCCUGCUCUGCCUCCUGUGAGAGAGCUCAGGGCCUUGGGGCAGUGGGGCCUUGGAAGGUUAACUUGGUUUAUCUGCUGCAUGCUUGGUGUUUCAGUACCCACGGGAGAUCAUCUUGAAUACCUGUUUCUCUAGCACUUUGGAGAUAUAAACCACUUUCUAAAAGCACUAUCAUUUGCCUCUUACAUUUCCACUGAGUUGGGGGUUAAAAGUAAUUUACUUAACAUCGUUUCUAAUGUAUUACUUUCAAAUACCAGGCCUUCUGUUGAAGAGACUUCUUUUUAAUCUGUAAAAAUCGAACGUGUUUCCUAAGCAUAAGUUGUCUUCCAAGUCUGGCUUAAGCUUUCCUAGCUUUUCUAGAGAAUGUGUUUACUAAGAUAAAACAAUGAGUAAAUCCAUACAAGGACUAAUUCACAUAUGAGAGAUGCAACAUAUUUUAUGGUGUGAUAACUUUGUAUCUUGAGGAGAAAGACUACAGCAAACCUUUACUGCCCUUUUUCUAUUGUCAUGACCAAUUUUGGUAUUUCAUUGUUACUAAGAUCUAUUUUUAGAAUAAAAUUUGUUCUUCAUUCAAA